UGCGGGCCCUCGGGGCUGCGCGAGCGGGUGGAGGACGCCGGGCGGUGCCGCCCCGCAGCUCCGGGGGCGCGACGGAGAUGCCUACAUAGAAGAGUGACAGCAGCUGGACUAAAUGUUUCACUGCUGAACUGGUUCCUCAGGUAUCCUGGCUCUGGCGAUUGCUAUGGGAGAUUGGAUGACUGUUACAGAUCCAGGUCUGUCUUCAGAAAAGAAAAAUAUUUCUCAAUAUACCUCAGAAACAAAGAUGUCUCCAUCAAGUUUAUACUCACAGCAAGUGCUCUGUUCUUCAAUACCCUUAUCAAAAAAUGUGCACAGUUUUUUCAGUGCCUUCUGCACAGAAGAGAAUAUUGAACAAAGUAUUUCAUACCUUGAUCAGGAAUUGACUACUUUUGGUUUUCCUUCAUUAUAUGAAGAACCCAAAGGUAAAGAGACAAAGAGAGGAUUAAAUGUAGUUGCUGUUUUAAAUUGUAUGAAUGAGCUACUUGUACUUCAGCGCAAGAACCUUCUAGCUCAGGAAAAUGUGGAAACACAGAAUCUGAAACUGGGAAGUGAUAUGGACCAUCUGCAGAACUGCUAUGCAAAACUUAAGGAACAACUGGAAACUUCCAAGAGAGAAAUGAGUGGUCUCCAGGAAAGAGACAGACAGUUACAGUGCAAGAACAGGAAUUUACAUCAACUACUGAAAAAUGAGAAAGAUGAGGUACAAAAAUUACAGAACAUCAUUGCAAGUCGAGCUACACAGUAUAAUCAUGAUAUGAAGAGAAAAGAGCGUGAAUAUAAUAAACUAAAGGAACGUCUACAUCAGCUUGUUAUGAACAAGAAAGAUAAAAAAAUAGCUAUGGAAGUUCUCAAUUAUGUGGGGAGAGCAGAUGGCAAGAGGGGCUCCUGGAGGACUGAUAAAACUGAAGCCAGGAAUGAAGAUGAAAUGUAUAAAAUUCUCUUGAAUGAUUAUGAAUGUCGUCAGAAACAAAUCCUAUUGGAAAAUGCUGAACUUAAGAAGGUUCUUCAACAAAUGAAAAAGGAAAUGAUUUCUCUUCUUUCUCCCCAAAAGCAGAAGCCUAGAGAAAGAGCAGAUGAUAGUACUGGAACUGUUCUCUCUGAUGUUGAGGAAGAUGGCGGGGAACUGAACAGAGAGAGUAUAUGGGACCUUUCCUGCGAAACUGUGAGAGAACAGCUUACAAACAGCAUCAGAAAACAGUGGAGAAUUUUGAAAAGCCAUGUAGAAAAACUUGAUAACCAAGUUUCAAAGGUACACCUAGAAGGUUUUAAUGAUGAAGAUGUCAUCUCACGGCAAGACCAUGAGCAGGAAACUGAAAAACUUGAGUUAGAAAUUCAGCAGUGUAAAGAAAUGAUCAAAACUCAGCAACAACUUUUACAGCAGCAGCUCGCUACUGCGUGUGAUGAUGAUACCACUUCACUGCUUCGAGACUGUUAUUUGUUGGAGGAAAAGGAGCGCCUCAAAGAAGAAUGGUCCCUAUUUAAAGAACAAAAAAAGAAUUUUGAGAAAGAAAGACGAAGCUUUACAGAAGCUGCCAUUCGCCUAGGAUUGGAGAGAAAGGCAUUUGAGGAAGAAAGAGCCAGUUGGUUAAAGCAACAGUUUUUAAAUAUGACUACCUUUGACCACCAGAACUCAGAAAAUGUGAAACUUUUCAGUGCCUUCUCAGGAAGUUCUGAUCGAGACAAUCUUACAGUGCACUCGAAGCCACGGCAAAAGAAGCCUCAUGGUGUAUCUAAUGGGUCUCCAGCUUGCACAUCUAAACUUGCUAAAUCUCUUCCUGCUUCUCCUUCCACUUCAGACUUUUGCCAGUCACGCUCCUGUGUAUCUGAACAUAGCUCAAUCAAUGUACUCAAUAUAACCCCUGAAGAAAGUAAACCAAAUCAGGUUGGAAGAGAAUGUCCAAAUCAGAAAUGGAGCGUGGCAUCGAGACCUGGAUCACAGGAAGGUUGCUAUAAUGGAUGUUCCUUAAACUAUACAAAUUCUCAUGUAGAAAAAGAUGAUUUACCUUAAACACAUGGGCUGGAAUUUCUUGCUCAACAUGUUCAUCAAAUUUCACAUCUAAGUUGAAACAGGGUGUGUCAUAAAGUCAGUCAUCUAUAAUAACUUUAAGAUUGUCUGAGUUGUUUGUUUGGACUUCCCUGUUCCUCCCCCAAAGAGCUAAAUGUUAAGUCUAUUUAAAAGGAUAUAAAAGCUUUGGAAAUGUAUUUUUAGUAACAGAAGCAUCUGGUUCUGUGAAUAAAGGAAUGUAUAAGAUGUUUGGACGGAAACAAAAGCACUGGAAUGAGUUUCCUCUUUUAGGUAUUAAAAUAGCACUUUUAGAAAACUGAUUAUUGUAAAUGUUUAAUUUUUGUCUCAUAAAUAUAAUAGUUGGCAUUGGAAGUUUAGCCUUUACUUGAAUGUAUACUGUAGAUUUUUAACAAAGCGAGUUCUAUAUUUAUUAUGUUUAGUGUGAUUUGAAAUUACCUCUUUCAUAUGUUUUAAAUAAAUAAAGUGAAAUUUCUGUAUGUUUUGUACAUAGAUAUUAUACAUGAUAUGUUAAAGAGGCUUUAAGAUUUAAAAACAUCCAUAAUUGUAGUAUUUCAUGCCAAUAAUUUUUUUUUAGUGGUAUUCUGUUUACAGCUGUAUUAGAGCCAUUGCCAUAUCACCUAUAGGAACUUUGAGCCCAUCUGGGCAAUAAAUACUCAAAAGCUGUUUCAUGAAGCAAGUUCUAUAGAUAAUUAACAUUACAAACACUGCGUUUUUGAGAUUUCUACAUUAGAUUUUUAUUUUACGUGUGGGACAUUAUACUUUUUCAGAGGACUACUGAUUAUAGGGUGGUAGAAGUAGACGACAUUUACUUUGAAUAAAGCAACUUAAGAUUAUUGUUAAAAGAUACUUGGAUGAUUGAAGACAAAAUUUUGGAUGGUGAUACUUUACCAGAUUGGUACCAGUCUAGUAACAUCUAUACCAGCUGUGACUUUGGGCUUCGUAUAGUUGCCAGCAAUUUAAUAAUUUCACAACAAGGUAUUUGCCAUUACUGAUAAGGAAAUUUGACAAUAUGAAAGCAUCAGAUUUUAUGAACCAGAUAAUAUGAAACACUGAGUAAGCUUGUGUCUUAUUUUCAUAACUGUUUGCAUGUUUCUUCAUGAACAGUAUGUGAUUAUUAUUAAUAAUAAGAAUAAAUGUGGGCCUAGGCUCUUCUCCAGGAUUUUCAUCAAAAAGCUUUAAGUGCCUAACCCUUUUUGUCUCGGUACAUAGAGCCCACACAGAUCCAGUCCUUGCUUGUCACUGUAGGUGAGACCUGUCUGCCUUCCUCUUUUCUAGCAACUCAAGCACAUCUAUAUAUACUCAUUCUGUUGUGGCUGUUCCAUUUAAACUUAUCUUGUUAAAGUCUGUUUUUUUUGCUCAUUCACAACCUAUAACUCUCUGGAGUUGUGUGGCCGCAACCAUCUUUUCAAGGUUGAUGGACUAUCAUUGCUUGUCUUAUGAGACAUUAACAAAGCUAAGUGUCAGAGUAACCAUUAUAGUCUCAAAUAGCUGACUCCUAAAAGCAAAUUAGUCGCUCAGUACUUUCAGCUUGAUGCAUGGUCAACUUCUUUACCGUUUCAAAUAGAAAUGUUAUAGCAGUUCAGAGCUAAUGCCAUAUUCCAAAGGAAGAAACAGGACAGAUUUUCUUUGUCAUUAAGUAAUAAUGAUCAAAGAAAAGCAAUCAAAAUUUUAAAAAUAGCCAAUGAUAUAUUCAUCAAUUUCAUUUCAGGGAUUUUUAGGAUGUGCUUUGUUAGAAACCUAAUUUUUUAAAAUAAGUCUCUAAAGACUAUUGAAUUCCUGUGACAAUGGGUUUCUACAAGAUAAUGCCUUUUUUUAUGCAUUUCCAUUUUAAAGUUGGUUGAAUUCUCAUAUUGGAAAGAAAAAUUCUCCAGACUUACUUUAAAAUCCUUGAUGUGAAAAAAACAGUAAAAUGAAAGCCAGUUUCAUUGUGCUUUUGAUGUUUGCAUAGACCUGCUGGAAGUUGGCUGUUUUACCUAACGCUGUCAGUUUUUGCUUUACACAUUUCAAACAUAAAAUGAAAGCCAGCCACCCUAAACAUCCCACCAUGCUGGAAAAGCCCUGACUCCACACACAAAACUAUAAUUUCAUUCUCUUUCUGGGUAUUUGCUAUACUAAUAAUCCAGCUGUGCUGCAAUCUUAAAUUUAGCCAUGAUGGGAUGGCAGUGACACAGCUUGAAAGUCCUCCCGAUGGUCAGAUAUUUUCCUGUUUAUCAGCAUGUAAAUCUGAAGUAUUUUUGUAACCUCGUUUGAAUGUCCAUUUUGAAUUUUCAAAGCAUAAAAGUGGCAAAGAAAAUUUAAGAAUUUUAUUUCCUGUAAUUUUUGUAUCUUCAACUUGUAGUGAGGAAUUCAAUUGAAUAUUCAUUCCAGAAAAUUAAGACGAAAAUUUAACAAAUGCUUUCUUGUAGAGGCAAUGUGUGAAAUGUUUAGAUUCACAAACAGCCUUCAGCUAGUUGUCUUCCUUGUGCUAUCCUUUAAAUGCUGUUGGUGCUCCCUGUCGCCUCUUAGCUUACCAGAGUUGUUCAUUGGCUGGUAGUAAUAAACUUUUGUGGAAACCACAUUCCAUGGUACAUGAUUGACAGCAAGUUGGAAUCCAACUUGCCUCCCCUGGUGGAGCUUUUAGGCUCCUUGUAAGGAGCUAGGCUGCCCGUAGUGAUUCCCCAUGGUAAAAUUCUUCAAAGAAACUACCUAAUGUAAAUCAUACUCUUAUUCCAAGAUUGGAUUUAAAGUCUGGCCUAUGGGCGUUUAUAAAUAUACUUUUCCUGUGUUAAUUUUUUUCUACCUGUUGAGAAGUAUUUAUAAAGGACCUGCCAAACAUCAGGGCUUAUGCUGCAUUCUGGUCCCUGGGACAUGAAGACACUUCCCCCUGCCACUGGGAGUCGAUGAGUGAAAGACUGGCCAUCUCAGCCUAAAUUGUGAAAAACAAAAAAUGCCAUUCAAACAUUUGGUCCAUUAGGAAAAUUUGAACUGAUUGUUGUCCUCAGGACCACAUGUCCAUUUUGAAAGUGUCGUGGCUAGGCUUCCAGUGAAAGUUUUUACGUUAUUUCUUAGGAGAAAUGCAUUGCAGCUGAUGUUAUUUUACUGGGUUUUAUGUUUUGUUUUCUACAAUCAAAAUAUUGACAUGUGGAGCAGUGUAACAUUUCCUCCCCACAAGACGUAUUGUUGUGUAAUAGAAGCAUUUGCAAAGACUUGGGCCAUGUAGAUGGGGAUAAUGAAAUAGGUUGAGUUCUUUUUCUAAAUACUGUGUUUUUUCAGGCUGGAUGUAAAUUAAAGUGGACUGUUGAUUAAAUUAUUUGGUU